AUGCAAAACGUUUUUCCUGCCCGUGAACUGUACAAUUCAAAUCCUUGGUAAGUAGAGCAAGCUUGUUAACGAGUUCAUUAAUCUCAGGGAACAUCCGACACUUUCUAAUAUUCCUAAACUACGAAUGUCAACUUAAGUUUAAAAACUGUAAAGUUAGGGCUUAGGGCUCAUUUUCGGUGUUAUAAGAACCAAAGAAAACAAAGAGGACACAACAGAGCCUAGAAAAACAAAAGUUGCAAACAGGUUCUUUUACUGGGAUAAUUAGAACAAACCCAAAGUAAGGCACUUUCAAGUAAAUGAUCUACAAUUAUUCAACACAUUAAAAGUCUUUUGUGUAGCAUUUUAUUUUUUAUUAAAGAAUGCAAAAUUAGCUUUCAUCUUUGAAGCAAUAACGGUUAGUGUGUAGUAUUGAGACGAGCUGAGUACAAAAAUCCUUUUUUUUACCUUAAAUUUAAGCUUAUGUACUUGCUAAACAUGCUACAUAUGCACAAAUGUUGCUCUGAGGUCCAUGUACGUCGCUCGUGAAAAAGGACUAUUUAUUUCUGGCAGGGUGGAGAAAGCAAAUUACAAUGAUUGUGCAACGAGUGUUGUCCCCAAAAAAUAGAGGAAAAGGACAGGCUUCUAAUUAUUCAGUUUCCAUUUUACCUUUUUACAGUCGAGAUUUGUGGGACAGCGAACAGCUGAGUCAAAUAGCCGGUUCUCAAGGCUCACAAAACAGUUCUUCAGAUAUGUUUUCACAAUCCAGAAUGAGCCAGCUAAAGGGUCUUAGCUCCUUUGACGUUUGGUCGCAACCGUCGAAUUCACAGCAAUUAGUAGAGGUAUUGUUUAGCUUGUUUGAUGGGGUUUGAUCAUGAGGAAGUGAUUUCAAAUAGACUAUCAUACAGUUGGAGUCUUAGAACACUAGCUUCGUGCCACCCGAUUUUGUAGUUUUUGUAAUUUGGCACUGAGGGUCUUACCACAAUUACCCCAAACCACACUGCAGUAGUCAAAACGAGGUUGAGUCAGUGAAUUGUAGAUGAACUGCAAGUUACCGGGAGGGGCAUAAAAUAUAGCCUUAACCAUGAAAGGUGUUAUGUAUAGAAAAUCUUCUUGAACCUUGCUUUCACUUAAAGCUAUUAAUUGUGCUAUUAAAAAGUUGUCUAUCUCUCUCUCUUUUCAUCAUUUGUUCAGUGGCUCUGCCUUACUGGGGUUGAGUGAAAAUGUAGUGGUAACUGGGUGUUAAAAAAAUGCACUUUUUAUUUGAGUGUCAAUGUAUUUAGCACGAAAGUGCUAACUGGGGACACUAUUUUUACGUCUCCUAAUAAAGACGGGACCGCCAUUUUACGUGGUCAUCCGAGCCACGCGAAGGUCUCGCCGCCUGCAGUGCAAAGGAAGUACCUUCAUUUCUCAGUCAUUUUAAGACCCUGAGUAAUGGUCCGGCCCCGGGAAUCGAACCCGUGACCUCCCGCUCUGCAGUCAAACGCUCUACCGACUGAGCUAAUCCUGCCACGGCUAUUAGCGGCUAUUCUACAGGGAUCACAUGAGCGAUUAAAGGUCUAGUAUUUUUAGGCCCUUGGAAAGGCUCAUGCUAAGUAGGAAAGAAAUAAAAAAGCAAAUGUGGGCUUUUAAGAAAAGCAUCAAAUGUCCAUGUCCGCGACAUAAUGUGAACAGUACCUUGCAUUUAGGACGAACCAGUGAAGUAUUACAUGAAGUACAUGACAAAGCCACCGCUAUUUCCUGAAUCUGAACGCCAAUCCCAGAAGAUGCAGAAACCUCCGCAGACAGUAGCAGGUUAUAAAGAAAUGAUAGAAAUUCAGAAAAAAAAGACUGCAGAGAGAGAUGACAGGUAAGCAAACAUACAUUUUGCGGGCGAAGUGAUAGGUAAAUUAAUACUGUGAGGUCUGCAUUAAACUUUAAAUACACUUUUGUUUUAAGUUUUCUUUUUUAAUUUCGCUACAGGGAUGUUCUUGAUAGUUUCAUAUCACUGCUUAAAGACUAUACAAAAGAGGUAAGUUCCGGAAAGGGAGAAUUAAAGCUUAUUUCCUUACAAGUAUAAACCCCUUAUAAACCGACAAGUCGGUUGGCAAGAGUCGGGGGGCAUCAGUGAACGCGUCGUGCCAGAUGCUCCCUGCCGAUCGCACUUAGCUUUCGUAUCCAACGCAAUUAAAAACAAAUUCUAGGGAAACCAUUCACCUCUGUUUCAGAGCUUUAACGAUUCUUACUGACAUGAUAUAUAUAGAGGGCAUGCAAGAAUUUCUGGAUGUUGCUUUUCCCUCUACACUGUAAGCAGAUUUUUUAAAUUGUGGCUGAAGUUAAGAGAAACAUAAUGAGAUAUCUAAAAAAGAAUACGUUUGUUUUCCAUGCGUGAGACAAUGCUGCGUAAUCUUUCCCCAUACCAGGGCGUUGUUAUUGCUUAAAGGACCUGUCUUAAACCUGACUGAUUGAACUCCAAAAUGUUGAAUAAAUUUCAGGUGAAAACUACUAUGGAUUCUUUCAAGGACAGCAUCGAUUCUACACUGGCCUCCAAGGCAGAGCAAGUAGCUACAGCUGCAAGCCAGUCAGCUGAUCUUAUAAAAAAAUGUAAGCAAAUCUACAACUAUUCAUACUGCUGUUUUCUCGUUUUCUGCCUAAUAAUCUUAGUAGGAAAUUGAUAAUGAUAUUGCGGGUUACUGAAUUAAUCUUAGUGAAAGAUGACUUGCUGGAGAGUUUUGGAUGUCUCAGGAAGGAUCUUAAGGAAAACGAAGAUCUGAAGGAAAUUAUAACCAAGGUAACGAUCGAUGGUAGUUAAUAAGUACCAAUAUAUAUACGAAUAAAAGAAGGAAAAAGUAACAGCAUGAAUGCCAGUCUUUGCGUGUACUUAAUGGUGGGCUUGAUUGAGCGUUGACAACCCUACCAUAGAUUCAGGUUAAAUAAGACGAUCUAGAAUUCCAAACCCAUUGUGAAAUCUACACCCAUUUUCAAAGUUAAAAUCUAAGUUGAGAGACAUUUACUGUCAGAUUAGACGAAGGUGUAGGCUGAAAAACUAGAAGAAAUUGCAGGUGAACGGACAGAUUCAGUCGAUUGCAGAUGGUCGUAAAGUAUUAUCGUCGACAGCCCUGUUUUUUUUGCUAGUAAUUCUGCCGGUUUAUUCUCUCACUCAGCAAAAUGAAAAGAUCGCAGAACAAGAUUCGCAAAUCAAGAUGCUUCAAUCUCAGCUGAAAGAUUGCCUCACAAGAGAAGAGAAAUUAACCGAAAAACACGAGAAACACAUGGAAAAAGAAGACAAGGUGCUGCAGAAACUAGAGGAGAUCAGCAAUAGACAAGCGUCCACGGAAAAAGGACUUCUUCUUCAACGAUCUUCCACUGUGGGAAAUACCAUCCUUAAUCAAUCAAAUAAGUGUGUAAAAGAUGACAUCAUAGAGUAUGUUUCUCAAAACCCGCCGAACAGAGCUUUUGGAAAUCAGUUUGCCUGGAACAGUACUGAGGUAAUGAACCAUUGUUGAACCUACGCAUUGAGCUAAUGUUGUUAAUACCAAUAUUGAACCUAGCUACCCUACUCCAUUAGGAAGCACUUGAAUAGCCUGCGUGAAUUCCCUUCCCCUUCUCUCGCGCGAACGCUAGGGACCUUACGAAACCACGACGGCGACGGCAACGGGAAUGCCAAAAAGGAGUAGGAUAAAGAGGCAAAACAACAACUCUGCACGUGCAUCACGCUUUUGUGUACAUUUCUUAGCCGUCCCUGCACAACAACGAUGAGAAAUGACCAAAAUUUAAACGUUUACCUGGGAACGGGAAUGGUAAGGCGAUAAAUUCUACCGCGAUCCCUUCUCUUUAGCUGCAACCCAAAAUCCCUUCUUUUAAUUAACUGGGCCCUUAGGGAUAAUCGCGAAAAAAAAGUGAAAAGAUGCGAAGUCUAUUUUUCAGUGACGUUUUCAUGGACGUCGUCGUUGUCGGUUCGUAAGGUCCCUGCUUGCCCGCACAGGACGGCGCCCAUAAGUGCGUAUUUAGACUUUUUAUGAACUUAAUCUCAUUCCCCCUAUAUCCAUGUAUAAAGGUAAUCCAACCGUCUUGGAUUCUGAAUUCCAUGCUGUGGAUUCCGGAUUCCGGGUACUGGGAUGGGUACCGGCUUUCUUGCCCGUGGAACUUGAAAUAUUGGAUUUCGGAUUCCAAUCGUUAGCGGGAUUCCGGAUUCGUUGAGCUUUACGGAUUCCACGCGCAAUAAUUCCCAGGAUUCCGGAAUUCGGAUUUCCUUACAUGGAGCGAAGCCCCUGUCCAGUUGGAAUGAAAAAGAAAAAACGAGUUCGCAAACAAAUCAAAAGAACUGCAAUAUAGUUAGGUUUUAGAGCCGAAAACUUCUACUUGAUCUGAUUAUACAAAUUGACAGGUACCCAACGUGAGAUUGCAUCACAUGGCCCCAGAGACUCAACCAGUGCCUCAGCCAUCAAUCCAGAAUAUCGCAGCAUCAAUACCUUUCAAUUAUCAACUACAAGGCUCUAACAACAGACAAGUAAUGCAGUCCCUACACUGUCAGUAUCACCCACAACCAUCACUACGUCAUGCGUCUGAAGCGGACGCAGUUGUUCCUUGCGUGAACAUCCAGUACCAAACAGGUAUACCUUCAGGCACUCAACAUCAGCCGAAUGUUCACCCCACUGCGGCGAUUGCUCCUAUGCGUCCUGUUUCACACGAUAAUCAACAGUCUUCUCAUCUGCAUCAGAGCACUAACAUGGCGGAGGGUCACGCCUUGCAACAAGGUAUGCGGAAUGAAAUUGGAGGGCCAUAGGUUUGUCAGUAUUCUACUGUGAAGCGCUACCCUCAUUAAAUGGAAAGGCAUAAAGAGUAUGAAAUCAACUGUCGGAGUACGGUAAACAUUGUAAAAGGCUUUAGGAGGGCUUAUAAACAGGUGGGCUUGUCCGGGGGUCUGGGUGGGCUUAUAACCGAGGUAUUUUCUUCUUUAGGGUAGAUGGAUCUAUAACUGGAGGGGGGCUUAUAGGCGGAAGUUUAUGGUAUUACGGAUUUAUAUUCAGGUGAUCAGGCGGCGU